UAAAGUAGAUGAGACUAAAAACAGACCAUUUCGUCUAGGACACCUUCUUUCGUCCAAAUUUUUCGACCUUGUACUGAUGACAUUUUGAUCUGCGACACCCUGUAUAUUGGGGAAAUACUGUCGCACACAGUAAGAAUGAAAUAUACUUGAUUUCCUUGGAUAAAAUAGGAGGAUAUUCGAAAAUACACGACCCUUAUGAUAUCUGACCUUCCUAGGUUCGAAAAUCCUGGAUGAUCUUCGGGUUUGACAUUGGUACAUACUUCCAAUAUAUUAACGUUUUUCUCUGCAACAUUGCAUAAUAAUCAGUUUUUAGGUAAGUUGUACAAAGAAACGAAGGUGGAUGAGACGAAAAACCUACGAUUUCAGCUCGAACACCUUUCGUCCAAAUUUUUCGACCUUGUACCGAUGACACUAUGACUGUGACACCGUGUAUUUAGGAGGAAAUACUGUCACGUACAGUUUUGAAGUGCAAUAUUCUCGAUUUCCUUAGGUAAAUUUGAAGACAAAACGAAAAUACACAGCCUUCGUGAUGUCAGACCUUCCUAGAUUUGAAAAUCCUGGAUAAUCAUCGGGUUUGACACUAGUAAAAAUUUAAAAGAUCCGGGAUUUUCCUUGCGACACCCUGUAUAAUAAUGGGUUAUUAGGGAUGAUUAACAAAGAAACAGCUGAAUUGGAUGGAAAAAAGACGAUUUCAGCUAAAACACUUUCUUUCUUCAAGGUUUCGUACCUGGACCGAUGACACUGACCAGCUACACCCUGUAUAUUUAGGAAAUACUGUCAAAUACCGUUUAAGAGUGAAAUGUGAAGUGUUUGGAUAAAUUAGGAAGAUAUUCCAAAUACACAAUCUCUUGAUAUCUGAUCAUUGUUGAUCCCGGACAAUAUUAAGGAAAUCCUAUGUACAGUGCAAUAUGCUUCAUUUCGUUGUACAAAUCAUGAAGAGAAAGUAAAAUUAAACACCCAGCUAUUCCUUCUGAUGUCCACUGGUUAUGGGUUCAAUACACCUUAUUUCAGCAUAUUCUCGGCAUACUUUCUUUUUUCGACAUUUCAACGCGUCGAAAGAUCGUUUCUUAGCCGGCUCGCUCGUGCCGUUACAGGCGAAAAAGUCGAACAAUCGCGGAAACUGGAGCGGAGUCGAUUCUUCAUUCGGCCCGUCUCGUUCCGCUAUGCUUUCCCAGGGCCCGUCCCUAAUCCGGUUGCCAAGGGUGUUGCCAAAACAAGAGUACUUCGUAUCGACCUAAGCAUGUGAAGGGUGCUCUUCCGGUCCUCUUGUAACGCAACUUGAGCACGACUGUGAAGGUCUAAGGUCAGCUAUCACUAGGGGGAAAGGGGAUGCCGGCAUGGAGUCGCCCAGCGUCGGGAGGAGGCAGUGGAAGAAAAGGCUGAGCCUCAAAGUGACGAGGAAACCGACACUAGACGAGAUAUUUAAACAUAGCACGUCCUGCCCGGAGGGCCAAGGGGCGUCGAAACUGAGCGAGGAGAUAAGAGGAAAAGGUGAGACGUCAAGAAGAUGCGCAUCCCUCAGAGGAAGAGUAACGCCUCCUUCGAGCGCGACCCCGACCCCGACUGCCCCGCGCAAGACCAACUGGGAAGUCAUCGAGCACUUCACCUCCCCGGGCCAGGGUCCCUGCCAGAGGCUCAGGUCUGCGAGUUUGAUUGCGAGCCACAACGCCGACUCGAUACUCGAGGAGGACGAGGACGCCGGGGCUCAGGAUUCACUCCUGCUCGCUGACGAGUCAGGCGGCGCGCAGAGGGUCGUCCUGGCAGGAAGGACGAGGACGAAGUGGGCCAGGAUACUCAGGAGGAUGUUCGUGCCUCACAGGUUCAACAACGUGCAGACUGAGAUGCUCUACCAGAGGUAUUUCCUGAGGUACAACAAGACCCAGACGACAUCUCUUCUCGUCCUCCUCCUGGUGCUCAGCCUCGGGUCUCUGGUCGCCAUCCUGGUACUCCAGCCUCCGAGCGUGUCUCUCGCCUCUUCGUCCGCUUGCCUGGUCUGCUGUACCGUUCUCUAUUCGGGUCUGAUCUGGUGGCUUGAAAGGUGCGGAAGCAAGGUGAACGAAAUCGACCUGUCCUGGGCGUCGUUGGGCAUCCUCGGCUCUGCGCUGCUCAUCCAGGGCGUCAUGAGGAGGUCUCAGCCUCCUCUCAUCUUCACCUACCUCGGCUAUGCCCUACUCGCCGUGACGAUACAGCAGGCCGUGGUCGGUGCAGUCCUCCUCGCAAUGCUCCACAUUUUCACUCAGGUCACUUCCAGGAUGUACGUACCGCAGGUCUUUCUCGCCAACAUGCUUCUCAUCCUGGCGACAAACCUGGCCGGCGUGCUGACCCAUUAUCCGAGCGAGACCGCCAAGAGGGAGGCGUUCCUCGAGACGAGGAGGUGCGUCGGGGCGAGGCUCAAGACCCAGGGGCAGAACCAGCAACAGGAGAGGCUCCUUCUCUCCGUCCUGCCGAGGCACGUCGCCAUGGAGAUGAAGGCGGACAUAGCGGGCAAACCGCAGGACACCAUGUUCCACAAGAUCUACAUCCAACGCUACGAAAACGUCAGCAUACUCUUCGCCGACAUAUGCGGAUUCACGAGCCUCUCAGACCAGUGUACGGCCCAAGAGAUUUACAUCCUCCUCAACGAGCUUUUCGCCAGGUUUGACAGGCUGGCUCAGGAGCACCAUUGCCUUAGGAUCAAGCUCCUCGGCGACUGCUACUACUGCGUCUCCGGGCUUCCCGAGCCCAGGCCUGACCACGCUCACUGCUGCGUCGAAAUGGCCCUGGACAUGAUCGACGCCAUCGCGCUGGUGCGAGAGGUGAUGGGCGUCAACGUGGACAUGAGGGUCGGAAUACACACGGGACGGGUCCACUGCGGCGUCCUCGGCCUCAGGAAAUGGCAGUUUGACGUCUGGUCGAACGACGUCACGUUGGCCAACUACAUGGAAAGCGGAGGCAUACCAGGGAGGGUCCACAUAACGGAAGAGACUUUAAAAUGCCUCAACGGAGACUACAAAGUCGAACCGGGCACAGGGUACGAAAGGAACUCGUACCUGAGAGACCAUAACAUCACGACCUACCUCAUCAUACCUCAGGAGACGAGCAGGCAGAGGCACUCAAGUACGAAAAAACCGCCAAACGUUUCGAACGGUAACGUUGCCAAGGAGCUUCGACUGAUGGGGCACGGUUCCAAAGGGAGCAAGUACAACAAGCUGGGUAUAGCAAAGGAUGCGGAGGAACAAAAGGACCCGGAGGAUGAGGUCAAUGACUACCUCAUGUGGGCCAUCGAAGCCAGGAGCAUAGACCAACUCAGGGCAGAACACUGCCAACCCCUCCUGCUCAACUUUAGACAAACCGACGUUGAAAAUAAAUAUUCGAAAGAACGCGACAAGAUGCUCCAUAUCUACUUCAUAUGCUCCUUGACCCUCAUGGUGACCAUAGUGGCCGUCCUGCUUAUCAUGUUUCCACACGAUCCGCAUUUGUACGUCGUCUAUUCAGUCGGCCUCCUACUGGUCACGAUGAUCACAGUGAUCGUCGUCGUCGAUAAGUGCAAGGACAAGCUGUCACCACUUGUGCGUGUGUCAUCGAUGAUCCAUGAAAACAGAAACGUAGCUCAGGUGUUCGCCAUUAUAGUCAUAGCCAUAGCUUUCACAACAACGCUCUUUCCUCUGAUAUAUAGGGUAAGGAUAGUCGGGCAUAAUAUAACCAUUGAGACAAACGCAUCGUCGAACUUCACUCUGGAGUUGGACGAGACGUCUGACACCGCAGUACUGUCGGAGUUGGCGACUAUGUGCAUAGUCGUGCUCAUUAUAAUAACGGCGGCGUUCCAGAUACUCACGAGCAUUAUAAAGGUGUUCAUACUGUCGAUCAUAACGUUCACCUUCCUCGCCGUCCACUUCUCUCAGGCCUCGAGCGGAUUGGACGGGUACUCGGAGGUGUCCAACGUCGUCUCGCUCGUCGGUUUCCUCCUUGCUGUGAUCAUCCACGGAAGACAGACGGAGGCGACGAACAGGCUCGAUUUCCUCUGGAAACUACAGGCGACGGAGGAAAAAGAAGACAUGGAACAUCUUGAAGCGUACAACAGGAAACUCCUUGGCAACAUAUUGCCCGCCCACGUCGCCGAACACUUUCUCAAUUCGGACAAGAACUUCGACGACAUGUACCACGAACAGUGCGAGUGCGUCUGCAUCAUGUUCGCCUCUAUUCCGAACUUUUCGGAGUUUUACGUCGAGCUCGAAGGGAACAACGAGGGCGUCGAGUGCCUCAGACUUUUGAACGAGAUCAUCGCUGAUUUCGACGAGAUACUCGCUGAGCCAAAGUUCUCCUGCAUCGAGAAGAUCAAAUCGACCGGGGCGACGUACAUGGCGGCAUCGGGUUUGACGAAAGCGACAUGCGACAUGAAGGACCUGAAGCACGUGACCGCGAUGGCCGACUACGCCCUUCGGAUCAAGGAACAGCUCAGCUACGUCAACCAGCAUUCUUUCAACAACUUCCGCAUUCGGAUCGGGAUCAACAUCGGGCCCGUCGUGGCCGGGGUCAUCGGUUCGAGGAAGCCUCAGUUCGACAUCUGGAGCAACGCGGUGAACGUGGCGAGCAGGAUGGACUCGACGGGGAUAGUCGACAAGAUCCAGGUGACCCAGGAGGUGUACACGAUACUUGCGGCGAGGGGGUACCCGCUCACCUGCAGGGGGACGAUACAGGUCAAAGGGAAAGGAGACAUGGUCACCUACUUCCUCGAGGGUGGAGCUGCCAAUUAACCUCAACAUCAUCAUUAGGACUUUGUUAAAAAACAAAACCUAUAUUGUCGCGAUGACCUUCGAACCCCAACCCCGAUGACCCUUGUAUCCUCCUCGGCAAUAUCAGGUUGUGACUGUAAAUAACCCUUGGUCAAAUUUUUCAACAAAAAAAAUCUACUGUCAAUUUUAGCCGUUCGGCUUAGCGUUUCGAAUUUUACUAUAAACGCUUUCAUCAGGGUAAUAAAAAUUUUGUUGGAUUUCUUUUUGGGCUGUGACGGUUGAAACGGAUUAUUGGACCAAUUCCACAGAGGAAAUGAAGUACGCCGUGUUGAAAACGGAUUUUUUUCUAUUACACAAAUUGGCAUCGGGACGGGAGAGAAGCUGGCUGGAAUUCUGGAAAAAAGAACGCAACUCCUCAUGAUUUCAUCCAAUAUUGGUCGGCCUGGUUGAAAAAAUUUGGAUCAAUCUCAAGGAUACCUGGAGGUUUUUUCCCAAACAUGAACAACAAUCACACCCUUCAUGGACUCAGUCUAAAAAUUCAUUACGGUUUCGUCCAAUAUUGGUCAGAUCGUGUAAAAUUAUUUUGGCCACCGUCAUGUUUCCUGUCGUUGUACCCAAAACGCUCCUCACCACAAAUUCUGUAUUAUUGAGACCACUAUUGGAAAAAUAUUUUGGGUCAAAUCAAGUUUACCUGGCAUUUUUCCAAAAACAUUACCAUCACUUUUCACCCUUUGCGGAUUGUCUGUCCACAAAUUCCUUAUUUUCUCCCAAUAUUUGGUUGGAUUUGGCACUGCCUGUCCACAAUUUCUCACGGCACUUUAUGUUUACAAUUUUUCAUGAUUUCAUUGAAUAUCCGGUCGUAUUUUAUACUAUCAGUCCACAAAUCGUUACGAUUGCAUCCAAUAUUCGGUCGGAUUUUGUACUGUCUGUCCACAAAUCUUUACUAUUGCAUCCAAUAUUUCGACGGGUUUGGGAACUUUAUAUUCAAAAUCCCUUAUUAUUUUAUUAAUAUUUGGACUGAUUUUGUUCUGGUAGUACAAAUGUUUGAUUGCAUUAGGAAUCGUCUCCACAAAUCUAUUUAUUAUUUGUGCCGGUUUGGGAACUUUCCGUUCAAGAUCCUUUAUUUUUUCAUCCAAUAUUUGGUCGAAUUUUGUACGGCCUGUCUACAAUUUCUCAUGAUUUCAUCCAACAUUUAGGCGGAUUUGGUACUGCCAGCCUACAAUUUCUCAUGAUUUCAUUCAAUAUUUGGUGAGAUUUUUGAACUGUCUGUCCACAAUUUCUCUUGGUUUUAUACAAUAUUCGGUCGCAUUUGGUACAGUAUGUUUACAAUUUCUCAUGGUUUUAUCCAAUAUUGGUCGCACUGUACAUCGUAUGUCCAUAAUUUCUCAUGGUUUUAUCCAAUAUUCGGUCGGAUUUGGUACUGUAUGUUUACAAUUUCUCAUGAUUUCAUCCAAUAUUUGGUAAGACUUUUUAACAGUCUGUCCUCAAUUUCUGACGGUGUUAUCCAAUAUUGGUCGCACUGUGCAUUGUGUGUCCAUAAUUUCUCAUGGUUUUAUCAAACAUUCGGUCGGAUUUGGUACUGUACGUUUACAAUUUCCCAUGAGUUCAUCCAAUAUUUCGUCAGAUUUGGUACGUUUGGUACGUGUACAAUUUCUCAUGAUGGCAUCAAAUAUUUAGUCAGAUUUUUGAACUUUCUGUCCACAAUUUUUCAUGGUAUUAUCCAUUAUUGUUCGCAUUGUGCACUGUCUGACCACAAUUCUCAUGGUUUUAUCCAACAUUUAGUCAAAUUUUGUACUGUAUGUUUACAAUUUCUCAUGAUUUCAUCCAAUAUUUCGUCGGAUUUGGUGUUUGAUAUGUUUACUAUUUCUCAUGACUUCAUCAAAUAUUUGGUCAAAGAAGGUAUAGUCUGUCGACAAUUCUUCACGAUUUCAUCCAAUAUUGGUCGGAUGUAACAAAAUAAUUUUGGGUCAUGGACAAAAUCACCUGUCUCCACAAUUCCUCAUGAUGCUCUCCAUAUCUGGUUGGAUUGGGUAUUGUCUGACCACAAAUUCUAAUCAUUUCUUCCAAUAUUGGUCGGAACAGGUAAACAAUUUUGAGUGCCAAUGAAAUUUACCUGGCAUUUUCCCCCCAAAUUAUAAACACCGAUUCUAUUCCUUGCAGAUUGUCAGUCCACAAUUCCUUAUCAUUUCAUCCAAUAUUUGUCAGAUCGAGUAAAGGAUCCAUGGGUGGAUGUCUAGUUUUCUUGACAUUUUUCCCAAAUUAUAAUCGUUAAUACUACUUGUGAACUGUCUAUGCACGAUUUCUCACCAUUUCUAAUUUCUGCGCUUUUUUUCUCCAGCCAAAUUCUCGACCCUCCCCCACGCCCUCUUUAUGCCAAACGAUCAACUUUUUUCCCCUCAAAUCUGUAUAAAAUAAGUAUUUUAAUAUUUAUAACUGAAGAUAUAGUUAUAAAAUAUAAAGUAAAAAUAUAUAUGUAUGUAAAUAUAAAAAUAUAUGUCGAAAUGGGAAAUGUUUUUGUCAAUGGCUGUCGAAACCCAAUCUGUCGAAAAACGUUGUGUCCACAUGUCCACACCUCCGAUAUUUUUUCAAAAUUUUCAAGGAAUGAGAGGCGAGGUCGCGACACACAACUGAGGUUACCCCAAUGUGAUUUGUGUUUGAAAAUUUUGAAAGAGA